GCGGCGCGACCGUUGCUGCGCAUGCGCACGGCGCCAUUUCGUGCACUCGCCCGUAGGAAGCCGAGCCGGGGUUUCAGUCAUUUUUAGUCUUAAGCUCCUGAAUCAGGCAGACAGACGACUCAACCCUGAAUUACAGACAGAAUGGAUUGCUCGCCCACCACCUGCAGCCUAAUGGCAAGUAAUGUGACCAACAAGACGGACCCGCAUUCCCUCAACUCACGCGUCUUCGUCGGCAACCUGAACACCAUGCUGGUGACCAAGGCCGACGUGGAGGCCAUCUUCAGCAAGUAUGGCAAGAUUGUGGGCUGCUCUGUGCACAAGGGCUACGCCUUCGUCCAGUACUCCAAUGAGAGGAACGCACGAGCUGCUGUGGUGGGGGAGGACGGAAGGAUGAUCGUUGGGCAAGUGCUGGACAUUAACCUGGCAGGAGAACCGAAACCUCACAGAUCCAAAACCCUCAAGCGGUCAGCAGGAGAUAUGUACAGUUCUUCAUUUGAUCUGGACUAUGACUUCCACAGAGAUUAUUAUGACCGGGUGUACACGUACCCGUCACGGGUGCCCCCUCCUCCUCCGCCGCUGUCCCGGGCAGUGAUCCCCUCGAAGCGGCCGCGGGUCAGCGUGAGCGGGGGCAGCCGCCGGACCAAGAGCAGCUUCUCCACAAAGAGCAGCCAGCGUGCCUCCCGCACCAGCGAGGACGUCCACACACACAAACAAGCAGUGAGAGCCGAUGACCUGCAGACCAUUAAGAAGGAGCUGACCCAAAUCAAACAUAAAGUGGACUACCUGCUGGAGAGUCUGGAGCGGAUGGAAAGGGAGCACAGCAGGAAGUCAGAGGCGAAGAGCAUUAAAGCGGAAGAGACGUCCCCUCUGCACCCCAGCGCCAAGAAGGAGCGAGAGAAGGUGGAACUGAACGACUACGAGGAAGAGGGCGAUCUGGAGGAAGAGGAGAUCAAGAGUCGGGAACGGGAGGAAGACGAGGACGAAGACGAAGGGGAGCAGGAGGAGGGAGAGGAUGACGGUGACAGCGCUGACGAAGACCACUCUUAAACAAGUUCUCGUACACACUCACUCACUCUCUCUCACACACACACACACACACACUUCACACUGAGCUCUGCAUGAAUACAGUCAAACCCAGAUUCCUCGGAUUAAUCCCGCGAGCAGGCGGGAAACGAGGAGCGCGUGAAACGGAGAAAUCGGAUCCUGUUCAACACUCGUUUCUUUUUCUACCACUUUCCUGCUCUUUCUUCCUCCUUCCCUCCUCCUCCACUUCCACUUUUGUGAACGCACAAGUUCAUGAUUCCUUUUUCUCCACUCGUCUGUUAUUAAUUAAAGAUGAAUUAAAGAUGCUGCACUACCAUCCCUGACCAGUAGGUGUCACUGUAACUCACGGUUUCGGUCGGGAUGGGACUGUGAGCUGGUUUUACACGAAGACUGACUGGCACAUCAGCCAUCGGAAACACGUGAAGGAGUUCCACUUGUACAGAAUAAACUUUUAUUUUUCCCGUCUUGGUUUGUAGUUGUGACUAUAGUGACUUUAAAGUGGAGCGUAAGCGUCUGAGCGGCGCGAGUCCUGUUUGUUCCUGUCUGUUUCUUUGUUUCCGUUUCUGGUCCGUGUAAUAAAUUUCAAUAAAACUCGACACAUUUUGGAGCGUU